AUGGCGGCUCGUCCGUUUCUAAAGCGCGGCGCUGGCACCACCGACAAGUACAAAAUCAACUACCCAGUGAUGGCCCGAUCGAGGCAAAAUGCGAGCCUUUCAAGUCCACAAGAAGUGAUCGAUUUGACCGGAAAUGAAUUUCAAUACGCAAGUGUUCCUGUGCGAAGAUCACCAAAUGCAUCUUAUGAAGAAUUCACGACUUUGACUGUGCCAUCAGUUGUUUAUGAAGAAAGAGCUAUCAAUGCUGAAAGCGGUGGCCGUACAGACAGUGGACGAGGGAGUCGAGAAGCGCACACGCCCGAGAAAAAUCAACGAGACAAAUUUAGAUAUCAAUCGCUGGAAUAUAUUGCUCCUAAUCCAUUGAGAAUCGCGCGUACAAAUGACUCUGGAGUCUCCGAAUCACCGGAAGCGAGAGGAGAACGCGAUUCUCAACAUUAUCGUACCGCCUUCUCGGAUCCUGAUCAGAGUCGGGAUGAGCCUUUGCCAAUAGCGCCACAACGCAAUCAGUUAAUUUCUCUUGGCGCUUAUCCGGCCACCAUUUCAGAGGAGACACAAAAUGUUCUUCCAUCGACUCGAGACUCUGAUGAUCUUUCAUCGCUCGGAACAAAGCGCUCAACUAGAGUGCUAGAAACGCGAGUAUCCGCGCGAGCAGCUAUGAAUGACAAUAAAAGAUGCACGGCAACGAUGGAAAGCAGUCAAAAAGGGACUAUGGACAGUGUAUCUGAGAUUUCUUCGUUGACAACCGGCUCAUCUUAUCCAGUUUUGACGCCAAGUAACGGGCAACAACGAAUCGUAGAACCUCCACCUAAGCCACAAACUGUCCAAGAUAGUCACUUCUUUCAGAAAAAUAUAGGUCCACCUCCAGGUCCGCUUCAUGACUAUCGUCCUCUGCGACAAUUGGUGCCUUCUGGUGGAACGUCUGUGGCUUCAUCAAUUGCAGCGGCGGUUCCAUCACAAGGGACAAAGAGACUUCCUGCUGCCGUUGAGAGAUGCACUCAAGCCAAUUCUACUGAUUUCCCACGAACACAAAGACCCGAAGUGAGAUUAAAUGAAAAGCCAAAACUAAAUAUCAAUGAAGUGCCAAAGGUGGACGAUCCAAUCACAUUCACUCCUCGACACCAGCCAAACAGAGGUUUAUCCACUCUUGAAUCACAUUUGGCUCGACAACUCCGCGACACCAUUAUCAAUGUGGAUUUUGCUGAAGCUGAGAUGAGACAACGAUUUCAUGACUUGGAAAGAGAUGUGUGGAACAGAGAGCAAGCAUUGGAGGAUAAAAGAAAGGUCCAAGAAGAGGCUUUCCAACGAGAACGUGCGGAAAUUGAACGAGAAAAAGGAAGUCUCGGGCGAUUGUCGAAAGCUCAAAAGAAGGGCUCGAAUGAGAAGGAGAACGAGCUGGCUAAACAGCUUGAUGAUGCCAAGGAAUCGAACGGAAAAAUUUAUUCUCAAGUGAUCGAUCUACGGAAUAAAUUGAAGCGCAGCGAGACGGAGGUCGAGGAUUUGAGAAAAGCAAAAGAAAAGGAGAAGGCUAAAGCGGAACGAUUGCAAGGGCGCAUUGAUCAAUUACAGUCGGAAGUAGCCGUUCAACGUGGUCGGUUUGCUAUGGACAAAACGAGAAACGAUCGCGACGUUGUCAACAGCCAGAAGGCUCAGGCGACAUUUAAUCUACAGACUCGAAAGAAUUUCCAUACGGACACUGCAACAAAUCGUCGCAUUUGUCGAGAGGAUAGUGGUGUUUCGGAUGUUCUCAGCUCAAGAAAUGGCACUGCAAGCGGGAAAAAUGUUCAUUGGGCUGAUCAACCACACUCAAUACCGGAUUCUCCGACGGCAAAACAAUAUAAAUUGUUUUCCGCCGAGUCAACAUCAUCAUGUCGAAGGAGGACUUUCAUCGCCGGUGGUUGGACCAAGAGUGAGGAAAGAGAUUGUGGGUGCACUCUAUUCGAAUAUCACACUGGAGACAUCUUCUGGAAAAGACCCGAAGUCGAGGUUUACUAUUACAUGCGAAUUGGUGUGAAUGAGGUUCAAUUCACGAACGGGCCUGUGUUUAGACUCUUCCGUAAUGGACAGUUCGAUUUCAUUCGUGUGGAUGGACAAACAACUUCGAUUCGCCCUGAUGGAACGCGUUUUGAAAGAAAACUUAAUGUCUCGAUGAGAUGGAUUUGUCAAAAAUUCACUCCGGAUCGUGACCCGCUGAGAAAUGGAGCGAAUAUCGCUUUUGAAUAUGCCGGAAUGGGGAUUUGGUUCACGGAUGGAGGCUUCGUGAAGAUUUCAACGAAAGAAUUACGAAUAUCUCUGUCGGCGCCACAAGAUGAGGGGAAAAUUACGCAUGUUGUGAUGAAGGACAAAACUCCUUGUUUCUAUUGGGGUCAUCAAAAACGUCACGAGGAUCGCAAUCGAGUACUUAACGACAAUCGUUUU